AUGAGAGUGGUUAUCAGAUCUCUGAAGGGGUUAGCUUUAAGCCUCAUCGUCCUAUUCGGUGUUGCGCUUGCGCCACCAACAUUCGCAGGUACCCAAUUGUGGGACUUCGAGGAAAAGCACGACGACUGGAAAGUCGCCAAUGGGAAUUGGGAAAUCAAAGGCGGAGUCUACCAUGUUGAUAAGGGUGGAAGAGCUGAACACUCCCUCAUUGGUGAAGAGAAGUGGGACGACUACACUAUUGAGGCGAAAGUUCGAUUGGAUGAGCACAAUUGGGCAGGUAUCGUUUUUCGAGCGCAAAGCGAAAUGGAGUACUAUGUCUAUUACCUCAACGUGCCCAAUAACAUAGUAGAACUCUGGCGACACAAAAAAGGUGACUGGACUGCCCGCGACAAUAUUGUGAAAACCCCUCCUGUUCAAGGUGUCAAGAUAGAAAACGGCAAAUGGAUCGAUAUGAAGGUAGUCGUUGAAGGCAGUGAAUUUGCAGUGUAUCUCAACGGUAAACUUCAGGCUGAGAAUAAAGAUGAUGUCUACAAAACCGGUCAAGUCGGGGUGUGGGCAUGGGAAACCGAGGCAAGUUUUGAUGAUUUCACCGUUAGCGGUGAUAAUAUCAAGGAUACCCUUGCAGUUGACCCGAACCAUAAAUUAGCAACAACAUGGGGGCAUCUCAAACGGGUUUACUAA